AUGGGACGCGCGACGACGGGAACGACGCGCGACGGCGCGAACGAGACGGAGACGGCGAACGCGACGACGAGGGCGCGCGCGCGCGCGAUGAUCGGCGACGGAGGAUUCGACGCGAUGACGAUGAUUCGAAGGCACAAGGGCGGGACGGCGACGCGAGAGGAGACGAUCGCGGUGCCGUCGAUGGGGGAUUCGAUCUCGGAGGGCGCGGUGGCGAGCGUGACGAAGGCGGUCGGGGACGAGGUGGCGACGGAUGAGACGGUGGCGCAAAUCGAGACGGACAAGGUGACGAUCGACGUGCGGGCGCCGAGCGGGGGGACGGUGACGCGCGUGGACGCGAAGGUGGGGGAUACGGUGAACGUGGGGCAAGCGGUGAUGGCGUUCGCGCCGGGCGUCGGCGGGAAAAAGGGGGGGAAGGGCGGCGCGGCGGCGCCCAAGGCGGAGGCGGCGAGCGGCGCGCCGGUGAGCGUUGAGGUGCCUUCGAUGGGCGACUCCAUCACGGAGGGGAGCGUCGCGGCUUUGCUCGUGAAACCGGGUCAAAAGGUGGCGAUGGACGAAGUGAUCGCGCAAAUUGAAACGGAUAAAGUCACCAUAGACGUUCGCGCGUCGACGAGCGGGACGGUGACGGACGUGCUCGCGAAGGAGGGCGACACCGUCUCCGUCGGUCAAAAGGUGGCGACGCUCGCUCCGGGGGCGGGGCCGGAGAAACAAGCUUCGGCCGCGCCAGCGGCCGCGGCGAUGGCCGCGGCGACGCCGGCCAAGGAAGCGCCGAAAGCGACCGCUGCGCCAUCGCCCGCGCCGGCGGCGCCGAAAGUCACGUCGGGCGCUCGCGCCGAGACGCGCGUGCCCAUGUCGCGCUUGCGCUUGCGCGUCGCGGAGCGGUUGAAGAGCUCGCAAAACACGUACGCGAUGCUCACCACGUUCAACGAAAUCGACAUGACGAACGUGAUGCAAAUGCGCGCGGAGUACAAGGAUGCAUUCUUAGAAAAACACGGCGUCAAGCUAGGUUUCAUGAGUACCUUUGUCAAGGCGGCGGCGAAGGCGCUUCAGGAAGAGCCCUCGGUGAACGCCAUCAUCGACGGCGACGAAAUCGUGUAUAGAAACUACGUUGACAUAUCCGUCGCGGUGAGCGCGCCCAAGGGUUUGGUGGUACCGGUGUUGAGAAGCUGCGAAGGCAUGAAUUUCGCCGACGUGGAAAGCUCCAUCGCGUCGUACGGUAAGAAGGCUCGCGAUGGAACGCUGUCCAUCGACGAAAUGGCGGGCGGUACUUUUACGAUUUCAAACGGCGGCGUGUUUGGAUCGUUGACGGGCACUCCCAUCAUCAACCCGCCGCAAAGCGCCAUUUUGGGCAUGCAUUCAAUCGUCUGGCGUCCGGUGUGCGUCGGUGCCGACCGCGCCAUCGUCGCGCGCCCGAUGAUGAACGUGGCGUUGACGUACGAUCAUCGCCUCGUCGACGGUCGCGAAGCCGUGACAUUUUUGAAGUCGAUUAAGGAGUCUGUUGAAGACCCGCGUAGAAUGAUGCUCGAAGUUUAA